UAUUUGCACAUUAUAAGACCAUUACCCGGAAGUUCCGUCAGGCUUAACGGAAGUAGGUACGUGGCCGCUUCAGCUGACAGUCUGCAUGAUGGCCACCGAGGUUCACAGCGGCUACCUCGACAGCGCUCCUUCCAGCCGUCUCGAAGUCUCCGUUGACGGCCUCACCCUCAGCCCGGACUCGGAGGUCGAGCAGGGCCAGUCGGAGGAGCCGCCGCUGCCGCGACCGGACGCCGCCGCGGAGCCCGACGUCCAAACACCGGCCACCCUUGAGGCUAACAACGACGGCGACGAUGGGGAGUCUGACAAAUUGUCCGCAGAGACCAAGUGGGGCUUUCCUCUUCAAGAGCUCUACGGAAUGGCCCUUAAGUUUUUCAAAGAUAAGGACGGCAAAGCCUUCCACCCGACCUACGAGGAGAAGCUGCGGCUGGUGGCGCUGCACAAACAGGUGCUGCUGGGCCCUUACAACCCUGACGCGUCCCCUGAGGUGGGCUUUUUCGAUGUGCUGGGCAACGACCGCAGAAAGGAGUGGGCCUCCCUGGGUAACAUGGAGAAGGAGGAGGCCAUGGUGGAGUUUGUGCGGCUGCUCAACAAGUGUUGUAACCUCUUUGCGCCAUACGCUACAUCACACAAGAUAGAGAGGGAGGAGCAAGACAGAAAAAGGAGAGAGGAAGAGGAGCGUCAGCGGCGGGAGGAGGAGGAGCGGGAGCGGCAGAGGCAGGAGGAAGAGAGACGCAGGCUCGAGGAGGAAGAGAGGCAGCGGCGGGAGGAAGAGGAACGGAGACAGGCGGAGGAAGAGAGGCUACGGGUGGAGCAGCAGAAGCAGCAGAUCAUGGCCGCCCUGAACGCCCAGACGGCGGUGCAGUUCCAGCAGUAUGCUGCCCAGCAGUACCCCAACAGCCCCGAACAGCAGAUGGGCCUCAUCCGUCAGCUGCAGGAGCAGCACUACCAGCAGUACAUGCAGCAGCUCUACCAGGUCCAGCUGGCCCAGCAGCAGGCGGCCUUGCAGAAGCAGCAGCAGCAGCAGCACGCCGACUCCAUGGCACACGGCCACCAGGAAGCCGACGGUUGUUGCAGCGGCGAGCACUUGGCCAGUUUGCCAGCGGGACCCUUGUAUGGGGCGGCGGCUCUGCCGCCUUCGGGCCAGAACAUGCCCACCGUCAAUGGCGGCGACACUUACCUGGACAACACGGUGCGGGCGCUUGAGGCCGAGUUGGCGGAGGAGGUGUCAGAGAACGGGCCACUAUUUGCAGCCGACUCUCCACCCGUUAUCGCUGCUCCCUCCAUGUGGACACGGCCACAAAUCAAAGACUUCAAAGAGAAGAUCCGUCAAGACGCCGACAGCGUGAUCACGGUCGGGCGCGGCGAGGUAGUGACAGUGCGCGUGCCCACGCAUGAAGAGGGCUCCUACCUCUUCUGGGAGUUCGCCACGGACUAUUACGACAUCGGCUUUGGGGUCUUCUUCGAGUGGACGGACGCGGCGUCCUCCUCCGUCAGCGUACACGUGUCCGAGUCGAGUGACGAGGAUGACGACGACGAAGGUGAGCCGGCCAACGAAGAGGAGAAGGCCAAGAAGGAGGCGAGCAAACCUCAGGUGGACGAGAUAGUGCCGGUGUACCGGCGGGACUGUCACGAGGAGGUAUACGCCGGCAGCCACCAGUACCCCGGCCGCGGCGUCUACUUGCUCAAGUUUGACAACUCUUACUCAUUGUGGCGCUCCAAGAGUGUUUACUACAGAGUCUACUACACCAGAUAAGCCUGAAGACAAACCUGGGGGUGGGGGUUGGGGGGGGGGCACGAAUCGAGGAGUGUAUGUGGUGUUCUUAUACACGUAAAUAUAUAUCCGAGUUUGUGUGUCAUAGGAGGGAGACGAUCUAUUCUGAAACCACCACCAGGGGGAGACAAAUGAACACCCGAAGCCCUGUUGUGUUUUCUGUUUAGUGAGGUGGACCAAUGAAUGGAAUUAUUUGUGUCCCCACAUGGAAGACAAGUUUCUAUUCCUAUCAGCCACAUAUUUCCAAAAAGUUGGGAUACACUUGCUGUUUAACUUUUUUUUUCUUCCACUUGUUACAAUUUAUGAAGAAGCACCAAGUAGUCCACUUCAGUCUCCACAAAUGGCCUCCAGAAUAUCGCUGAGUAUAUAACACGGGAUUCAAAUUAAUCUUCAAAGUACAAGUGAAUGCAGAACGUUUAUUAUUUUAGUGACCGCUUUAAUUUUUUUCAAUUCUAACACACGUCGUUGUUUUUCUUCCAAAGCGUCAUCGUUUUUUUUGUGUGGUGCAAUUAUGUUCUCCCUCGUCCCGAGUUUGUCGUUUUUCACAAGUUGACUCGCUUUCGCCUUUGUAAUGUAAAUAAUUCUAUAAAUAAGUUUAUGUAAAGGAGGGUUUUUAGACAAGGGUCUGAGGUUUCUGAAAAUUCAGUGCACUGUUGGAAGUAGAGCGAAUAAGAUACACCUUAUACAUUUUACCCCACCUGAAUGAACGUUUAAAAUGGGAAAAAAAUAAAGGUAUACAUUAUAUCUCUAGAAGACUGAUGACAUGGCAGAAAUGGGAGACUUUUUUUGUUUUUGUAUUGUUUGGGUCUCUGAGUUGGAAAAAUCUUUUUGGGCAUACAUUUAAUCUUGAUUAAAAUUAUGUUCAUCUUU